CAGGCUGCCUCCACCCAGCCGCCACAGCCCACUGCCGGCCUGCUGGACAACACCAGGAUGGUCCUCAAGCUGGCGGUUGUGAUUCAGGUGCUGUCAUUGACUGUGGGCCACGUUCACGGCUUCCCUAAGCCCGAGGGGAACAGAGAUAAAGCUAUUCACAACAGACAAUUAAGUGUAGAGAGACCUUUGGAGGAACAGAUUGCUGAAGCUGAGACAGACAAGAUCAGAAAAACAGUCUCCACAGAAAAUAAGCCAGAAUUCAGAAAUUAUUCCUUUGCUGAUGAUUUGAACCUGCUACAGUCAGUAGCAGAAAAAGAGAGAAAUGAAAAGGAGAGGGCAUCAAUUAGAAGCUCCCUAUAUGAGCAACAACUGGCCCUUGAUGAUGCAGACUCCACCAAGAACCGCAGGCUCGUGGAUGACUAUGACUCCACUAAAAGUGGGCUGGAUUAUAAAUUUCAAGAUGAUCCAGAUGGUCUCCAUCAACUAGAUGGCACUCCCUUAACUGCUGAAGAUAUUGUCCAGAAGAUUGCCACAAGAAUUUAUGAAGAAAAUGAUAGAGGAGUAUUUGAUAAAAUUGUCUCAAAGCUGCUAAAUUUGGGUCUAAUUACAGAGAGCCAGGCCUAUACUCUGGAAGAUGAAGUGGCUGAAGUUCUACAACAGUUAAUUGCUAACGAAGCAAAUGAUGGUGAGAAGGAGUCAGAAGCUCUUGAUUACCCUCCAAGCAGAACAGACAGUGAUACAGAAGAAAAACAGGAGGAAAACAUGACCCCCAGCAACGCUGAUCAAGAUGGUUUUAUUAAUGGAGAAUCUGAUGAUACUUUGGAUAACACAUGGCCUUCCUCUAAUGCCUUGGAAAGAAGAAAUGAACUCCCUUCAGACAAUAAUUUUGAAGACCUCCAAUAUUUCCCAAACUUUUACGCACUGCUGAAAAGUCUUAAUUCAGAGACAGAGGCAAAAGAAAAAGAAACCCUGAUAACUAUCAUGAAGACACUGAUUGAUUUUGUGAAGAUGAUGGUUAAGUAUGGAACAAUCACACCAGAAGAAGGUGUUUCCUACCUUGAAAACUUGGAUGAAAUGAUUGCUCUGCAGACAAAGAAUAAGCUUGAGAAACCUUCUACUGAUACCAAAAACAAGCUGCUAGCAGACAAGAGUAAUGAAGAGACUGACAGCACAAAGGAAGAAGCAGCUAAAAUGGAAAAAGAAUAUGAGACUUUGAAGGAUUCCACAAAAAUUGAAGAGCAAAAUACAGCAGGAAAUACUAACCAGCCAAAAGGGAAAGCUGAAGCAUAUUUGGAGGCAAUCAGGAAGAACAUUGAAUGGCUAAAGAAGCACAGCAAGCAGGCACCUAAAGAAGAUUAUGAUCUUUCCAAACUGCGAGACUUCAUUGAUGAGCAAGCAGAUGCUUACGUGGACAAAGGCAUCCUGGACAAAGAAGAGGCAGAUGUGAUCAAGCGCAUAUAUAGCAGCCUGUAAAAACACAGGAAGAAUGGUGUCUGCUGAACACUUAGGAAACUAUAGGAUAGCUUCACCCACUCCUAGCUCAGUGACCUAAAAUCUGUUAUUUUGAAGAUAUCAUUAGAAAGUGCUCUGUUUGCAUCGUACUGAAUCUUUUCUACACACAAAUGUGCACUGACUGCACACUGUACUUUCCUACAUAAAAAACAUCCCCAUGGCCAAAUUCUGAUAUCCAAUUUAUAUUUAACAGGGUAAAUAUUCACAUAACAUUCCCUUGACUUACAGUUUGCAUUGAUUUGCCCCAGUAGAUAAACUAGUAGAUUUUGUAGGAAAACUGUUUUAAUGCGACUGUUUGUUCCCAGUACAUUAGUUUUCCAUAGAUGCUACUAUAUGUACUUGUAAAGGGCAUUAUUAGACAAUGAAUUCCAGUUAAUAGUUCUCCAAAUAAAUAUUUGAAAUAAUUUACAUAUUAAACUUUUCAUUAGUCUUAUAUUUCAUGCCUACAAUGUUUUGGUCUUAAGUCACUGGACUAGUAUUACUUUUGAUGUCCAUGUUUGUAUUUGUGCAUUCAGUAUUGCCCCUCCUUUCAUAUAUGGCUAUUAACUAGCUAAUGCUCAUCUGACACUGCAAUUGCCUCUGACAGGUGAUUAAGGGAGAGUUGUUUUCUCAGUGUUUCCAGUUAACUACAGCAGAGGCAUUGACACCAUUAGUAGGUCUUUUGUGCACUCUUUUGAUACUAUUUGUUUUUUGUGCAUGUAUAAACAGCUGAAUUCUUGACUAACUAGCCUGUAAAUAGCUGUUAAUUUCUAAGAAAAAAUAUAAAGCAAAUCAAAUGAUGAUGGAAGAAACUUGCAGUUAGAGGUGUGAUGUGCUUAGGAACAUGCAGCCUAAUUUUCAAAUGGACUUGAGUGGGAGUUGUAGGACUACUCGCUGACCUCUGACCUGCACUGGGCAGUACUGUAUACUUUGGCACUAUGGGGAAAUAUGUCUCUUGCUUCCAUGUGGCCACCAACAGCAUAAUGUUUUAGAGCCUCUCAAGGAUUCCAAUAUAGAAAUAACAAGAAAAUAGAGUUCCUCUUCCUCCUUCUCGGUUUAUAGGAUUUAUAAGGAUUAGGUUUUAAGGACAUUUUGUGAUUCAAUACAAGUGGGUGAGUUGUCUAUGUGAAGAAUUUGUGGAGGGAAAGCUGAGGCAAAGAAAUUAGAUUUGCCUUGGUUCUGGAAGAUGGGAGUGGUGGUGAAUCUUACCUUGAGCAGGACUGAGUUCUGGCUCCAGAGGAAGUCCAGUUCCCUGCCCUCGUCUUUACUGCUUGAGCUUAUCACCCAUUUGACAUUACUGCUAAAAUCCAAGGUGUGCUGUGAUUGCUUAGGUCAGGUAACCUGACUACAGGUAAAUCCUUGCCUUGUGGAGGGAACGUACUUCUGCCCAACCCAAAAUUGUGAUCAUGUCACAAAAGAGACUACUUACCUCCUUAUUUUCCUACCACUCUUGUAAAUAAGGACAAAAGAUUUUCAUCCUACAAAACAUUACCACCUGCAAACAUCAAUUGGACAUGACAGCGAUAAGCUUUAACAGUCUUUACGAUCAAAGGCUAAGUGGUAUGUGGGUGGGCAAGUGCCUUCAGGGAUAUAAGCAGCACAGCAGAGCCUGCUUCCACACACCUGGACAUGAGUAAUUAGGAAGUAACAGGGGUCACUAGUGGGAACGGAGUAAAACCACUUCAAAAGAAUGUUGGGAAACAUAGGUGAUGUAACCUUUGGCUGCAGAAUACAUUUCCUUGCAGAAGCAUAUGAUCUUUGUUUUCUUCUCAUCCUUUCUCUAAGUUUCCCUAGACAAUUUAGCCCCUUCUUCCUCUGUAUGGGUUUCAAAAUCCAUUACCCUCUCAUCAGUAGUUGUGGGGUCAAUUCAUUGUCUUAUUUGAAAAAUAAACUGGAAAUAUUAAAUUCCAUUUGGCUUUCUGAGACAUCAGGGCUGUCAGUUUUAAUCUGGGAGGUAUAAGCACUUUAUCUUUUAAUGUCAGAGCCUCUCUCUUCUUUUCCCCAACAGCUGCUCAUUUUUUCUCCUUCCUUCCUUCCUUCUUCUUAAAUUUUUCUACCUCCAUUAAUAUAUUGAGUUAUAGAUUAUUUUUAAUGUUUUUUUUUUCUUUCAAGGGUUGAGGUCCUGUCAGGAGUCUGUACAAGGGUCUGAUAUUAUAAAAAAAGGCUAAAUCACUCAGCCAACGUGAGACUGGUGUCUUCACUAGAGCUGCUCUAAAAUGCUUACACAUCACAGUUCCAAAAAAGUCAUUGAACUUUUGCAAAAUUUCAAUUAAAAAGUGAUUUUUUUUUUUUUUUUUUACAUUUUCCAAAAAUGUAAGUCUUGCCUUCAACUGGCUCCAGUGCAGAAUAUUUUGAAUUUGAGCCAAUUCUGCAGCUGUUACUUCUGCUCAGUAUUGGUUACUCACAGGUGUAGUCCUAUUUAAGUCACCACAAGUAAAACCUGAAGAACAGGGUAAGCACUUCGGUGAGUAUAAAAGCAUUUUAAGGCAGUGUUUUUCAAGCUGGAUUUGUUUCUCACCCUGACAAGCCAGCCAAGCUUAUUAUUUGAAUGUUUUGAGUGCUGGCUUGAUUGGUGGAACAUAAAGUCAAGUUCUAUCAGUUAUAUCACCUCUCAUAAAAUAACAUGACAAGAAAGACAGGGCCAGCCUGAUGCACCUUCCUGACCUGCAGAAAGGCUGUGGCUUGUAUUAAAUGAAGGUCACCAUGACUAAUCGGAGCUAUGUGUAGCACUGGCUUCAUAUCUAUUUGGGAAAGGCAACACAGUACAUUGCCAAUUGGAUGUUGGUUACCAAUGCUUGGUGGUGAUCAGCAGGCCAUACUCUGCCAGCAUUUUAUCUAUUAACAAAUAGGGAAAAUAUUUUCCAUCCCUGAACAUCACUAGUUUUCCUAUCACAGACAAUUCUUUUCUAUGUUGUUGU